GGGAAAAGGCAAAAUGGUAGCAGGCGACCAGCCUCAGGACUGCAUUGGCAUUGCGUGCCAGGAAACGGGCGCCAGAUGCAGCGACUCAGCCGCACCGAUCCCGUUUCACGGGCGGCGGCGGCGGGCGGGAGGCGCCGCUGGACAGCUCCGGAGCGCGGCGCCCAUGUUCCGAAGACGGCGCAGAUGUGACGUGAUGCCCGUUGUUUUGGUCCGCCCAACCAAUCGGACGCGGCGGCUGGAUUCUACGGGAGCCGGGAUGGGCCCUUCGUGGCGGCAGCAGGACUCUCCCCUGCCGACCAUAACGCAUUGCGCAGGGUGCACCACCGCCCGGUCCUCCUGCGGCUUUAACGGCCCCGGCAUGGACGCGCCGCGGCAGUUCCCCGCGGGCUUCGGCUCCGAGCAGCAGCAGCAACAGCAGCAGCAGCGCCCGCCGCCGCCGCACUGUCAGCAGCAGCACGGCCACGACAAGCAGAGCCUCCACCAGCAGCAGCAGCAAAGCCCAUGCCUCCAGUGCAACAACUGCGCCUACUAUGGGGCUGCUGCGGCAGCCGCGGGGGAUAACCUGCCCCUGCUGCUCCGCGCUUCCUCGCCCCUCUCGGGCGCCUUCCGGACUCACUCCUCGCCGCUCUCAUCUGCCGCCUCCUCCCGGCAGGGCAGCCAGCUGAACGUCAGCGAGCUCACUCCCUCCAGCCAUGCCGGCGCGUCCAGGCAGCCUCACCAGUACCCCCAGUACCACCAGUGCCAUAGCCUGCAGCAGCACCAGGCAGCCAGCCCCAGCAGCAGUGUCAGCAGCGGCAGCACCCAUCACCACCAUCACCACCACCACCAUCACCACCAGCAGCAGCAGCAGCGCCGGGAGAGCAACCCCUUCACCGAAAUAGCCAUGAGCAGCUGCAGGUACAACGGCGGCGUCAUGCGGCCGCUCAGCAACCUGAGCUCGUCCCGCAGGAACCUACAGGAGCUGGACUCCGAGUCGCAGCCGCUCCAGCAGCCUCUCUCCAGCCCCACCGCAGCCGGCACCCCCGCCGCCCCGGAGAUCGUGGUCUCCAAGCCCGAGCACAACAACUCCAACAACCUGGCGCUCUACGGCCCCGCCGGUCCCGGCCCAGGCGGCACCAACAACGGCGGGGGCAAGUCCAGCAAGAAGAAAAACCAGAACAUCGGCUACAAGCUGGGGCACCGCCGGGCGCUCUUCGAGAAACGCAAGCGCCUCAGUGACUACGCGCUCAUCUUCGGCAUGUUCGGCAUCGUCGUCAUGGUCAUCGAGACCGAGCUCUCCUGGGGCGCCUACACCAAGGAGUCGCUGUAUUCUCUCGCUCUGAAAUGCCUUAUUAGCCUCUCCACGAUUAUCCUGCUUGGGCUCAUUAUCGUGUACCAUGCAAGGGAAAUCCAGUUGUUCAUGGUGGACAAUGGAGCAGAUGACUGGAGAAUAGCCAUGACUUAUGAACGUAUUUUCUUUAUCUGCUUGGAAAUACUGGUGUGUGCUAUACAUCCCAUACCUGGGAACUAUACAUUCACAUGGACAGCCCGGCUCGCCUUUUCUUACGCUCCAUCCACAACAACAGCUGAUGUGGAUAUUAUUUUAUCUAUACCAAUGUUCUUAAGACUUUAUCUUAUUGCCAGAGUUAUGCUUUUGCAUAGCAAACUUUUCACUGAUGCCUCAUCUAGAAGCAUUGGAGCAUUAAAUAAGAUAAACUUCAAUACCCGUUUUGUUAUGAAGACUCUAAUGACAAUAUGUCCAGGAACUGUACUGUUGGUUUUUAGUAUCUCAUUAUGGAUAAUUGCUGCAUGGACUGUCCGAGCUUGUGAAAGGUACCAUGACCAACAAGAUGUUACUAGCAACUUCCUUGGAGCAAUGUGGUUGAUUUCAAUAACUUUUCUAUCCAUUGGAUAUGGUGACAUGGUACCUAAUACAUACUGUGGGAAAGGAGUCUGUUUACUCACUGGAAUCAUGCAUUAUGUGGUGAGCUAGUGCAUUUAUUGUAUGAUGCAAAGCUAAGGAUGCAGAAUCUUCGUGCAGAGCCAACCACCAACAGUUAGAAGGAGACAUUCAGAACUAGUUGGUCAAACACAUGUUGCUGCAAUGAAAUGAAGUAAGUUGCAAUUGUCCUGUCACAGGAUGCACAGGGUGGUUUACUAUAGCUUGGAUGAGGAUUGCUUUAAAUGAAACAGCUAUUAUUUCAGAGUGCCUGCGUUGCUAAUGCUGAAAGUGCAGCUUAAAUCGUCUAUUAUUGUAAUGAACUCCAAAGAGAACAUUAGCCCUAUGAAAGAACCAAGUAAGUAAUGACUGGUUCCUUAAAUUUAUGUCACAGAGGUGGACAAAACUAGAUGUUUCUUUUGGAAUUUUUUUUAAUUAGCAUCUUUUAACUGCAGGAUUUGAGCACCACUCAUGCAGCUGGAGAAUUCUUAUUAGAGUAGUCGCAAUGCAGUCAGUAUGUCCAAUCUAAACUUAGGGAUACUAGUUUUCAUUAGUUCUAAACCAUUAAUAAAAAAUGAAUUAUCUGAUUUUUAAAGGGUCUCAUGCUGCAGCUUUUAAUGUCCUUGCGCAAAUCUGCAUUUAAUUCAAAAGAAUCACGAUUUCUUUCCUAUGGAUCAUGGAAAAAGUGAUGAGGAUGAGGUGUUUCUGCUAUGAGAACAGAGGACUCUUCAUCUAAGGUUCAGUUGUGGUGUUUGUGCAUACAGUUUUAUCUCAGACUCUGCCUGGUCUUACCAAUACAUACAGAGAUCUGCAAGAGGAACAUGGCACCUAAAGCAGUAUAGUUUUUAGCCAUAUGAUUUUUGUUGGUAGUAAAAUGUAACAUCUUUGAAAUUUGUUACUAGAUUGUAAGAAAAAGAGAGAAUGUGUAGCUUCUAACUGCAUAGUUAACAUCGGCUGCAGAUCUUCCAGGAUGACUCCUUAAAGAGUGAAAAAGAAGGUAAACAUGUUUGAGCAAUGAAACAUGAAAACUCUUUUCUAGAACUAUCUAUGGAUAAUGUAUAAAAAGGUCAUAAAUUAUUUUGCAUAAUAAUGCUUAAAACAUUGCGUGAUUUUUUGUGAAAACUUUUGUUUCGUUGUUUAAUUCUGUAAUGAGUUGUGGUAACACACAAUUGUUUAUGAAAAACAGAAGUGUAUUUUGAAUUAAGCUCAAAGACCUGAAAAGGUAUGUUUAAGACUGAUAAGCUGUUUUAUGGGCAAACAGGUAUGCUUAAACUGCUAGAAGCAACUCAGUUUGCUAUAAAAGGAAAAGAAUAAUAGGUUGUAUUGCUAUUUAAAGGUUAACCUAGAACAUUUUCAACAUUGAUCAAGAAUGUGUAAUAUUUAUAAUAUCUGGUCGUAAAAGGUCAGAGCAAUGUGAUGAAUAGUUUUGUGGAUGAGAAGACUACUAGAGGAAUUUCAGAAAUGCAGGACGGAUCUCAGUUUGUACUUUCCUGAGUGUACAGGAAAAUGUGAAAAGUUUUUCAUGGAAAUUGAUCUUGAGUCCAUGUCUCAGAUAAAUGGUAGAAUUUAAUUCAGUUGGUUCUGAGAAUUCGAUAAUAAAUAUGUGACGUCGGGAUUCAGAACAGAUUGUGUUUUUUCCUUCAGACCUAAUACAACCUAACUGGCAUGUCAAGCAGAAAUGUAAUAUGAAGAACACAAUUAAUGAUGUCUGAAUUAUUACAAUUGAAUCUUUUAAAAGUUGAGCUGAUGAGAAAUUCUUCAGCUCCUCUACUUUUGUUCCAGUAUACGAGAUUGCCAAAAGGGAAACUUCUGUAAGGAACAAACAUAGUUUGCGAUUAUUUAAUGGCUAUGGCUUGUUGGGAUUAAAUUUCUAACCAAAGUAAAGAAAAAUAAAUGAUGAAAAACGAGUUGAAAAGCUUCAGAAAGUGAUCCCUGGAGUUAGAGCAGUAAUCUGAAAUGUGAGGGAAUGGCCAGAGGUUUACUCCAUUUGAGUAAACAAAAUUUCAGGUAAGAUGUAACCCUCUUUUAGAAUUAUAAAAAUUAAGGAAAAAAAACCUUCCUCUCAAGGUUUUCAGUUCACAUCAGUAAAGCAGGGAAGGUUUUGAAGUGUCACAGUACAGGGAAACUGUUUCCUACUUUAGUUAAGAGUUACAGAUGCAUUUCAGCAAGUUCAAAGGCAGUUAGUUAUUUCACAGUAUCACAGUAUGUUUGGGAUUGGAAGGGACCUCAAAAGAUCAUCUAGUCCAAUCCCCCUGCUGCAGCAGAAAUGCCUAGGUGAGGUUGCACAGGAACAUGUCCAGGCGGGUUUUGAAUGUCUCCAGAGAAGGAGACUCCACAACCUCCCUGGGCAGCCCGUUCCAGUGCUCUGUCACCCUCACUGAGAAGAAGUUUUUUCUCAAAUUUAAGUGGAACCUCUUGUGUUCCAGCUUGAUCCCAUUACCCCUUGUCCUAUCAUUGUUUGCCACCGAGAAGAGCCUGGCUCCAUCCUCCUGGCACUCACCCUUUAUAUAUUUAUAAACAUUAAUAAGGUCACCCCUCAGUCUCCUCUUCUCCAAACUAAAGAGACCCAGCUCCCUCAGCCUUACUUGCUGGAAUGAGCAGCAAUUGCCCCAUAAUAUCUUUGUUUGCACAGAUGUGACUGAACCCAACGAUUGCUUCAGCAAAAUAUCGGCUUUGUUUUGAAAAAAUGUAAUGUCAUCUGCAAUAACUUCAAAUUUAAUACAGCAAUUUUAAUAUACUCUUACAUGUAUUCUCAUGAAACUUUUAUAUUUACAACACAGGUGUUGGACCAGAACGUCAUCAAUAGCCGUCAUCCUGAAUUAUUAAAGUAGUAUUUCCCAUCAGCAUUGUAGGUUGUUGAGCCUGCCUGUGUAGUGAAAUCAGAUUUCACAUCUUUGCUCAGCAAAAUGUUUUUCGCACAUCAGCAGAAACUGUCUUGAUCUCCAGAAGGUUUUUAGCCGAUAUGACCACGGGAGGUUUCCCAGGAGCCCAGCCACCAGGUUCCAUUCAAUUCUUGUGCUUCUCUGAGUUAACACUGCGAUCAUUUAUGGGUUGCUCUGUAGAAGAGAGAUUCUUCAUUUUAUAAUCAUCAUUUUCUAUGCUGUUUCAGAAGCCUUUCCCGGUACUCAGCUUACAUUACUCAAGAAGAGGAGUUUACUUCACCCUUGCUGUCACUACCCAUUACUGUGUCUGGGACUAUUUAGUCAAUUUCAUAUUUGUAUAUGAUAUUUCAUACUCUUCAUAAUUUUUAUUUUUGCAAUAUUACAAAAAACCUUAUGCACUACUUAGAAGUCAUAGAAUGUCCUGAGUUGGAAGGGACCCAAAAGGAUCAUUGAGUCCAACACCUGUACCUGCAUAUGACAACUCCACAGUUCACAAAGAGUGUCUGAGGACAUUAUCUAGUAAAGGAAUCUUCUCAUCUGCUGUUGUAUAGACAGAAGUCAAAAUGUUGCAAUAGAAUUCUAGAUGUGGUGCAGACAAACUCCACUGAAGAUAACAGUAGCCAGGCAAAUAUGGAAUAUGUGAAAGUAUAAAUAAUGCAAAACUAUUUUAGGUCACUUUUUUGGCUGAGAUGGCAUAGCUGUUGUCCUGUUAGUCAUCCUGUUUUGUUUCAGUGUUGCUCAAGGUUACAUAUCUCUUCCAGCAGACAAUGACAAAUGCAAACCACAUUUAUACAACAUCAUUUCCAUAGCCUCUGUCUGUCUUGUGGAUGGAUUCCUCCCUCAACUUUUCCAUUGCUUGUUUUGGAGAGUUUUUAAACUUCAAGCAAGCUUAUUUUUUUAUUAUUAUUUCCCCCCCACCUUCCCUGAUGGUCCUGGAAGUCUACCUUCUAGGCAGCCAAAUAAACAGAGUACCUGUUUAAAUUCUUACAGGAUUUUCAUUUU